GGAGAGAUCACCCCAUUGUUCCUUUACACCGCAUACGCCCCUCUCCGUGACCCCGUGCAUCAGACCCAGACUCCUGCAGUGGCCUGCCAUGCUGCCUCUCUUCCUUCCACUGCCCUCUGCUCACUAAAGCUUGGAUUAUUUUGUAAGCGUGUCCUGAACGCGUGUGCGCACACACAUACACACACACAUAGCCACACUCUCCGUCUGUAUCUCUGUGUGGCUGGGGCGAGGAGCUCUGAGGAGCGGGCGUCGAGGGCAGCCAUGCGUGUGUGGUUGGCCAUGGCCCUGCAGGCCAUGUGCCUGGGGCUCAGCGUCACCAUGCAACACUACCCCACCACUUGGGGGCACUAUGACAUGUGCAAGUCGCAGGUGUACACGGAUGAGGGACUCACUUGGGAUUACAUGGCCUGCCAGCCCGAGGCUGCAGACAUGACCAAGUUCCUGAAGGUGACCCUGGACCCACCCAACAUCACCUGUGGGGACCCGCCUGAGACCUACUGUGCGCUGGAAAACCCUUACAUGUGCAACAACGAAUGUGAUGCCGGCACUGAGGAGCUCGCCCACCCGCCUGAACUCAUGUUCGACUUCGAGGGUCGCAACCCCACCACCUUCUGGCAGUCGACCUCAUGGAGGAAGUACCCCAAGCCCCUCGUUGUCAACAUCACCCUGUCCUGGAACAAGACCAUCGAGCUGACAGAUGACAUCGUCAUCACUUUCGAGUCGGGUCGGCCCGAGCAGAUGGUUCUGGAGAAGUCUCUGGACUACGGCCGCACGUGGCAGCCCUACCAGUUCUAUGCCACGGACUGCCUGGACGCCUUCACCAUGGAGCCCAAGACGGUGCAGGACCUGUCGCAGUUCACCCUGCUGGACAUCAUCUGCACCGAGGAAUACUCGCGUGGCUACGUCUGGAAGUACGACAAGACAGUGCGCUUCGAGAUCAAGGACCGCUUCGCACUCUUUGCCGGUCCACGCCUGCACAAUAUGGCCUCACUCUAUGGGCAGCUGGACACCACCAAAAACCUGCGGGACUUUUUCACUCUGACAGACCUGCGCGUCCGCCUCCUCCGGCCUGCCACCGGUGCCACCAUGGUGGAUGACAGCAACCUGUCCAGAUACUUCUAUGCCAUCUCUGACAUCAAAGUCCAUGGGAGGUGUAAGUGCAACCUUCAUGCCAACAGCUGUGCUUUUGACAAAGAAAAGCUGAGCUGUGAGUGUGAGCACAACACCACUGGACCAGACUGUGGACGGUGCAAGCGGAACUACCAGGGGAGAGCCUGGAACGCUGGUUCCUAUCUGCCCAUCCCCAAGGGAACGGCCAAUAUCUGUGUUCCAAAUAACAUUGGUCCAGUUAACUGCGAGUGUUUCGGCCACUCCAACCGCUGCAGCUACAUCGAACUGUUAAAUACCGUCAUUUGCGUGAGCUGUAAGCACAACACUAGGGGGCAGCAUUGCCAGCUGUGCAAGCCUGGCUACUACCGCAAUGCUUCGGCCGACUUGGACGAUGAGAAUGUAUGCAUAGACUGUAAUUGUAAUCCCUUUGGUUCAGAGAGCGAUCGCUGUAAUGGCACAGGAUAUUGUAAAUGUAAGGCAGGAGCGACAGGCCUUAAGUGCCAUGAGUGUCUCCCCGGAUAUUUAUGGGACCAUGGCUGCAAAUCCCGGGUGUGUGACAAUGAGCUCCUGCGCUGCCAGAACGGUGGCAUGUGUGUGAACAACGUGAGAUGUCAGUGUCCAGCGGCGUACACAGGCCUGCUGUGUGAGAAGGUCCGGUGCGAGGGUGAACCGGGCGGCUGUGGGGACAGUGAUACUGCCCAUGCUGCACUCCCACCCUCCCUCGUCCUCCUCAUGCUGUCUCUCACCGGUGUCCUGCUCCUGACCCAGGCCUGCUGGGAAACGACACCCUGAGACAUAGAGAUGAGCACACACAUACACUCACACACGCACAAACAUUCACACACGCACACACGCACACCUUCAGAUGCUCAGCUUUUACUAUGAGAAACGAGAAAGCGCACCAGAACCCCACGGGCACGCCUGACUGGCCAGGCGGAACGUGUCUGAAGUCAGAGCAAAACUUAACCGGUCUGAGAGGAUGACAAAAAUUAUGAUACACUAUUUAAAAAAGAGUAUAUAUGUUAAAAGUUGAUUAAAGUAUUGCAAAACUUUAAAAAGAGUUACGAGCAAAAAAUUCCAGAUGUUAUUUAAAGAAUCUAUCUCAGUAUUUGCUAAAUGAAACGUGUUAGCAGAAGGAGGACAGUGGACUAAGCCAUAGCAGAAACUCUGACUCCGCCCACGAAGAGAGAGAGGACGCCAGAUUCACGUUUUCCAGUCACCAUGGUAACAGGGGUUGCGGUCAUUCGCUAGUGGAAACAAGUGAUGCCAGCUGCCCGUCUGUCGCUUUCGACUCUCCCCAUGGCUAGACUGCUUUUUUGGCUAUUCUCACCCAGAGUGAUGGAGAACUGUCCAAAUCAUAUGGACCAGCAUUUGCAAAAUACUAAAAAAAAAAAAAAAAAAACAAAAAAAAAAAAAAAAAAAAAACACACACACACAAAGCUGAAAGAGUCAUAAGAAGAAACCUAAACAUUCUUUUCUGUCAGUGCAUUGUGGAUAAAAGGAAAUUCAUUCAGACUGUCAUAUUGGACCUGUACUCAAAGCAAGUUCUUCACCCUCUCCCUCCACAGCGUCCCCGACACGUCCCCCGUGCCAGUCACCUAGGUUUCGGUGAAUGAUCUCUUUGUACCCCUCGAUGGUCGAAUGUUUUCCUUGGUUUUCUUUUCUGGUCGAUGUCAGUGAGGCACGUGUGUGUUAGCCCUCUACUCUCCAGACAAUAAUCAAGCAGUCCAUGAAGUCUGAGCUAACCGCUACCUGGCACACUCCUCAUCGGGGUUCACGUAAACAGGCAAAGUGCUUAGAAAAUCAUCAGUGUAUUUAAUUUUUGUAUUGACAAAGAAGUUUAUUUUCUUGACAGAGCAGAAAUAUUGUAGUACAUAAUUUUUUGUAUUAUUAUUACUAUUAUUCACAUUAUUGCUGAACUGUGUUUAAGAGAGAUGUGCUUGGUAAAUGAAGGUAAAAAGAUGAAAUGAAUAAGGUUUCAUUUUUCUUUUUAAUUUUUCUUUUUGGUUGUGCAGUUUCCUAAGUAUUGGCAACGUGCUGGCAUCAAAGAAUAUCAGUUUACAUAAUGCUAAAGUGUAACAAAAUCCCACCAAAGGACAUUCUAAAUGUUUUCUUGUUGCUUUAACACUGAAAACUUUAAGUGAAUAAAAGUUUAAAAAGACCUUUUA